AUGAUGGGCAAAGAAACACCUUCUUUGAGACCAGUCGAAUUACCAAUCCAGCCAGUGGGAUUCCAGGAUAGAUAUAAAGUUAUACAUAAGAUAUGCGAGGCACUGGAGAAAGUAGCAUAUCCACGUGUGAAACUGGCGAAGUUUGCCGUGUCUUUAGAGUUGAAAUUGGCGAAGGAGAGCAAAACAUCACAGUUGUAUCGCUUUAAUGUCGGUAUCUUGCUAAGAGAUAUUGUCAAAUUCAAAGCUAAUGUCUAUAAGCUGAAAAUAGCUAACAAACCAUUAGUACCGCAAAAGGUGAAUGGGAGAUCUCAUACUGCCCCUAUAACUACAAAGCAGGAAGUCUUCACAAGGUUGAGAGAGCUCCUUAUAGACAAGGAAACGUUACGCAAAAAUGGUUAUAUUCUGCCGGAUGUAAAAUAUGAGCCACAGCAACCUGUUAGUAGUCAUGUUACAUGUGUAAGAUGUGGUACAAAAUUCAGUAAGGAAGACAUUAUGAACUCGGUAGUUUGCAAGUUUCAUCCUUCAAAGAAGUUGUAUGAUAAAUCAACCAAAUUAGAGAUCUACCCUUGCUGUGGGGAGUCAACAUCGUCAGUUUCAUUUCUGAGACUAGGAUGUUCAACUCAGAAGCAUCAUGUGUAUAAGGGUGAAACAUAUUCAGAACUUUGUACAAUAGCAAAUUUUCUCACCACAGAUCUUAUUGAUGGUAAAGAGAAUGUCUUGGCGUUAGAUUGUGAGAUGGGGUUUACCACAAUGGGAUAUGAAAUGGUGAGAUUAACUAUUGUAGACUUUUUCACUAGUAAGACCCUUUAUGAUGAAAUCAUAAGGCCAAUUGGAGAGGUCAUUGACUUGAACACACAAUUCAGUGGUGUUCGUGAGGAGGAUAUACUUUAUGCCAAGGACUACGAAGAUGUUAUGGAGGAUGUUCUGAGAGCAGAUAUGAUUAAUAGAAACAGUAUAUUGAUAGGUCAUGGAUUAGAAAACGAUUUGAACGUGAUGCGUUUAUUUCACACUCGUAUUCUUGAUACUGCUAUCAUGUAUUCCGUGGGCAGAUUUAAGAACUCGCUUAAAAAUUUGAGUUUUGAAAUACUGAGCAGAAAGAUUCAAUUAGGGGAGCAUGACAGUUCACAAGAUGCAAUUGCAGCUAUGGAUAUCAUAAAAGCAAAGAAUGGUAUAUCCAUUACACAAACAGAUUGGUAG